GGACAACAAUGUCCUGGUCAAGGUCAUUUCAUUUCUUAUUGUACCAAAUUCAUCAGCUGAAAUAAAAUUCGCACAUGUUCUGGUUUGUUGCUUCUGCUCCCGCUUUAGACGCCGUCCACGUAGUCGCGUCCUCGCCGACUAGACAUGCUGCGAUGUGCGACAUGUCGACCAAGUCGUUCCUCGACGCGGAGCCUUGGCCGUGUCUAUAACCAAGAUGGCCUUUUUGGCCGCCGGAUAAUUCGGCCCCCUAUGCAAAUAUUCUCCAGGUCCUUCAUCCUCACUAAACUUGCGAGCCUCUACCCGUUCCGGACUUCAAGAAUCGACUCUCUCCCCCUGGAUGUCCCCAUUGACGAGGAGAAAGUCUCUGGGUACAGGUGGCAGACCUACUAUCAUCCAAACCCAGGCGAAAUCCUGUAUGGAAGAUACAAGCUAAAAGUAAAGAUUGGUUAUGGAUCCUCGUCUACAGUCUGGCUGGCGCUGGAUUUGGCUUCGAAUGACCAGGGAGUGACCCGACCAAAGAAGUAUGUGGCAAUAAAGAUCAACGCAAAUAACUAUGAAGGAGAUGACUCUUGGCAUGAGCUGAGCAUGUCUCAUCACAUCGCCACCUCCAAGCCAUACAACCCAUAUCAGAAAGCCCACCCGGCUCUGCUAACUGCAGUUAAUCAUUUCAUCAUUCCCACACGAAGGGGAUCGCAUCUUUGCAUGGUCUUCGAUCCCAUGAGAGAACCGUUGUGGAUGUUUCAGCGACGACUCAGCGACAACGGGAGUGUCACACAGAACUGUCUCCCUAUUCUGAAGCGGCACCUACGGACUAUACUGGGCGGUCUAGAUUACCUCCACUCGGAGUGCAAAAUAAUCCACACAGACCUCAAGACCGAUAACAUAUUAAUGACAUUUGAGGACCACUCGGUACUUGAAACGUUUGUGCAAGCGCAGGCGGGCCGACCAACACCACGAAAGAUGUUUGGCGGCCGAGCAGUCUACCAGUGUCAAAAUAAUUUUGGAGACGUUAAGGAUAAAUCCGCUCUUUUAAAGAUGACGCCGAAAUUGGCAGACUUUGGUCUCGCCCAGGACGGUAGCCAACCUGGGCCUUUCAUCAAUCCCAUACAGCCAGACCGUUACCACGCCCCAGAGGUCCUCCUGGGUACAGGUUGGUCUUAUAGCGCUGACAUUUGGAAUUUCGCGAUAUUGGUAUGGGAUCUCCUGACAGGACGAACCCUUUUUCUCGACCCCGGGGGAGAAAGCCAACCAUAUAGCGCCGCACGUCAUCUAAGCGAGAUGAUUGGAAUCCUCGGCCCAGUUCCGAGCGCGCUCCUAAAGCAGGAAAGGGAGAUGCGGUAUUGGAGGUGGAUGCCGGAAGUAGUCAAUGCCGAGGGACAGCAUUGCGACAAUGUCGUCGACUACUAUGGCGGGCCCUUUUUUUCUGACGACGGCAAAUUUAUUUACGGCGACCUAGUACCCCGUACACGGAAAUGGGAAGACGAAGCCCCAGCAUGUAUUUCAGAACACGAAAAGGACAUGUUCUUUCGCUUUAUGCGGAGAAUGCUACGCUGGCAGCCUGAAGAGAGGCCGAGAGCGAGAGAACUGAUGAGUGACCCGUGGCUCAAUAGCGAUUUAGUCGGAGAGACAGCAAUAAGAGGAUCUUGACAUGGCCUGCC